AUGGAGCAGGACGCAUAUUCCAAAAGGGGACGCCUGAUGGGAAAGCUGUUUGGGAGGGACCGCAAGACAUCGAACCCUGCCCAAUCUGGGAACGAGGACUUGAAUAACUUCUUCCACGGCUCUCACGACAACUUGCCCGUCACAGUCAAUCACCCCGGCCCGCAGUUGCUAGCCAAGCUUGACACCUCCACCGCCAGGCGAUAUCCCAACGCGGCCGAGUACAGUACUCAGCAACCCCCUCAAUCGACACUCCAGCCCAGCGUCCCCAUUCGAACGCGCUCUCACAGCCCUCGGGUACGAAACAAGAAGGGUCUGGUCGUUAGAUUCGUCGACACUUUCCCAGAGGUAAUUGGUGAUGGUGGAGACGAGUGCAGUGUUCCUACGGCUGAAAUUGGGAAGAGGAAGAGGGCACAGUCUGCCCCGCCACCAGCGCAAUUGCAGAAGAUAGCAAACCUUCGCGAGGGAGAGAGGGAGAGGGCGUACUCGGAGACCCAACAGGAAGAAUUCGUCCCGCAACCCAUGAGACGUACACAGACCGGGUUCUCUACCAUUUCGGACUCUCCUCCGCAGCCAGCACCUCCUGUGCCUCCGGCUCCAGCUCCAGCGCCCAGCCGUGAUCUGCCUCCCGAGCCACCUCAGAAUGUGCCCGCCGUGCCUGCAGGCACCCCUAACACUUCUAGAUUCCUGGACACCUCGGUGGUUUCUAACGACGAAAAGAGGAAGUCUUUCAUCGAGAUCAACCAGGCGAAACAGCGUCAGGCAGAGGGCAUGGCAUUUGCCCAAGCCGUGCGCCAGUCCUCUGCCAACUCUCUCGAGCACCAGUGGGAGGAAGUCAGGCAUAGUGGCGUUGGCCCCGGUACGCCUACCGACUCUCGGGCAUCAGCGGCGUCCUCAGUCGGCGCCGAGUCUCCUGAGAGCCAAUUUAGAAGACCGCCCGUAGAACAGAGCCCUGCGUCGUCAAACUAUUCUCACACGUCUACAUCUAGCCCGAAUAUUUCACAGCGAUGGCCAUCUACCAGGGAACCGCCCAGGCCGAGCGAGUCCCCGACAAAGCGCAACAUGGCUGUGCCUGACGUUGGCGCACCCGUUGACGAUGCUUUGGACAUAUUUGUUGCUCGAACGCGUCAUCUUUUCGAGCUCUUCCGUCUGCAUGCCGAGGCAGUGAAACCCAUACUUUCGUGUCUGCCAGACGAUCUUGCUCGAGCAGCACUUUGGUGGUUCUUGAAGGGCAGAAUGGCACUGGAAAUGUCCAUCAGAGAGACGCCGCAGACCCCACAGACUCAAGGGCAAGUGUCGGCAGCACGUCAGCAGGCAUACGCGGAUCUGGCCAAAGCGCUUUGGCUAUAUGAGGAAGUCCUGCCCGAAGUCAUGGGUCAGAAGAGCAGCUCCAUCGAUGCAGAAGUCCAGGAGGUUGGUCAGGCGAUAACGUCGCAGCUGAGAAAACUUUCCUCUUCGAUGAAGCGAAACGGAUUCUUGCCCCCGGAGGAUGCGCUACUCCCUCAAACGCUGGACAGAUCGAUAUGGCUGGAGUAUCCUGCCGUCAGUCAGGAUGUCGUCGCCUUGCUCUGGGGCUCUCGAGGGUCCCUUGCACAGCAACAAUCCGUCAAAAGGAUUCCGCUGCUCGCAACCUUGCCACUAGGUGAUUCAUCCGAGCUAUAUUGCUUCGGACGCUACUUUGUGGACGUUUUCCUCAUGGAACAGGGGAUGGAAAGCCACCCACUGCGUUUCCCUUGCCUCCUUUCCGUGACAAGAGCACCGAAGCAGGCUGGUCUUGAGUUCUGUCUCGCAAGCCAGAAUGGUGCGGUCCAGUUCCGCAUACAAAGCAACAAAGCAGCGGGACCGACGUGGGACGACGUGAAGUGGAGGGUGGAAAAAUGCUCCCUGGAGGUCAAAUUGCCUCGUGGCUUUGCGCUUGCCACUCAGUGCAGACCACAAGACUUUAAGGUCUUAUGGGGCAUGCAAGACUUCAACGCCAAGUCGCUUGCAACCCUUCAGCCGCGGAAAGACGAGGAAAUAGUUUUCAAGUCCACUCUGCGUAGCUUCCAAUAUUUCGACUCGAAUGCCCAAUCGACCGCAUUUCCUAGAGAGGCAGUUCGAAGUUGCGAGAUUGCCCUAUUCGAAAAGAUCCUCAAAGAGUCUUCGCCAACAGGGCAGAGAAGCUAUCACCGAGGCUUCCGCCUUGCUGUCGUAACCGGCCCGAGCACAAAAGUACUCAGUGCGGUGAAUCAUACAUAUAGCCCACAAACACCGGUCCAAUUCGGAUUUUUGCGCGGCGAGCACAAUGAACCGGCCCUUCUCCUCAGGUUUGACGACGGGGGCUCAACAGGCAGAAUGGUCAUGGCUUUCAACGACGAACCCGAACGUCUUCGUUUCCACAGUAUCUUGGUCGGCACUGUUGUCCAACAGGACGAGAAGGUUCACUCCGAAGUGCCUAUCACCGGGUUCGCAUUAUCCCAGAACGCGAGGUCCGGGCCCAUGAAAGGCUUCUCCCAGUUGCCAUGGUCGAGAGUCAGGAUUAUCAAUGAGGACACCGAAGACGAAAUUCCAGAAACGGUAUUGGCUGAGAAGCUCAAGAUCGUCGUCGAUUUCAAAUGCGGUACCAUUGCUGACAGAGUCAAUGUCGAGCCUGGAGAGCUGAAGAUUAGACUACCUGUCAAAGACAAAUUGAGCCUCUCCAUCUUACGGCAGCCGCAACGGGAUCUGACAAUCUCUUUGUCGGAAUCCCAGGUUCCAAAACAGACUCCAGAGGAUAUGUACCAGGCGCUGCAGCUCGCGCAACGCUCGCCUUCAGUGCGAACACUCACAUUCACCAGUCAAAGAAACCUGCACGAGUUCCAGGAGGCUUUGACCGGAUUCAAGGUAUUAUUCGAUGGAAUAGCAGCGACCCUAGCCAUCUCCCGACGGCGCAUGGUGGUUCCAAUCUACAAGAAGUGGGAAGCAGGCGCGACAAGGAUCCAGGUCGUGCAGUCAGAGAACAUCAUCCAGGUGCUGGCCUUCUUCGAGGACUUCCACCAUGGUGAAAGCAUGAGCUUUCCCCUGAAGCCAACCGACAUCUUCGAGGCUGUAAAUCGCAAUAAGUUGGCGGGUAUCAAAAUCGACGACGCAAAGUUCCCUCUGCCUCGCAGGCCGGAGGGCCAAGAAGAGUCGGCGGAGGAUCUGGCUUUUGUGUGCUUGGACUUGCCCGAGAUACCGGGUGAGCAUGAUGAUAUCACGAUAUUGUUUGAGAGCGAGGAAGAGCGCGACGCUUUUGGCCAGUGCCUGCCGGCCCCUGUAAAGGGAUCCAGGAUGUCAAGGAUUACUGGAAAGUAA